UUGUUGCUUAUAUUUGACUCGAAUCUAUUUAACAAAACUUUUAUUCACUGAGUUCAGUAAUUUUAUUUAUAAAACAGAGAACUGGUUUUAUUCGCGAACGUUUACGACAUGGAUGUCUUGAAAUUUGACAAGGCUCCUGCUUACACGCUAUAGGCAUGCGGUUGAACCAGAAACAGACGUCGCUGCGAGUUCCAGGUCCCAAGUACGAUCUGAGCAACAUCACCAGGCGCGGACCGGUGAAAGUCAUAGGAGCUUCGCUGGCGUCAAAGUUGAAAGAACAAACGACGCGGACUCCCGGACCGGCCGCGUACAACACCGUGCCCUGCAUGUCAGCCACUUUGCCCACGAUUCCGCAGUGUUCCAUGGGGAUGAGACGGGACUGCAUGCAGAAGUCUACGCGCACGCCGGUUGCAAAUGCGUACGCAUUGUCAACGACCAUCGGAAACCAAGCGCCCGACAUGCCGUCGGCGCCCAUGUACACGAUUUUGGGACGGUACCCGGGACGACGGUGGUGCUCUUCGCCGGGACCGGCCCGCUACUCGGCCGUAUGCCGACUCGCUCCAAACCUUUCUUGACAGCUGCCGACAAAGUGCCGGACUGGGAAUGACGACUGCAGGCCGCCACUGCAGAUAACAGAAAAAAACCAAAAAAAUAAAGUUUUUAAAUCCAAGCGAGAUUUUAAUACGUUAAAAUAUUAAAACGAGUUGAUAGGUAAGUUACCCUGGCCCCGCCACUUACGAUUUAUAAAUGGAAAUUAAUGUAAAAUUAUGUAGUAUCAUUUGUAAUCAUUUGUAACCACCAAAAAAAAAAUUAUUCAUCGAUCCUUUUGACUAAAUGGUGCAUGUCAAUUAUUUUAAAUUUUCAUAAUAAGUACUCACUCAUGUUCAAUUGUUUACCCAGCUGUUAUUAAUUUUUUUUGAAACUUUUUAUUCUUUGAAUUUGAAACAAAUGUAUUAAUUAUUAAAUUUAUACCUUUAUAUUAUACAGGGUGAUUUUUUUAUCAAACUACACUCAUUAUUUCCAAAAGUAUUCAUGUUUUUGAAAAUAUUUUUUUACAUAGUUUCAAAUUGUUAAAAAAACAACAUUUUUAUAAAAAAAAUAUUUUUAAUUUCAUAUUCCAAAGCAGAAUAAUUUUCUGAGUAAUUCGAUACAUAAAAAUCGAAUUUAGGUUGAGUAGUUUAUGAGUUAUACUUAUUCAAAGUUUAGACAAGCGGAGUAGUGGACAAACAUUUUGCGGGGUAACCCCGUACCACUCCACUCCGCGCAGCUAAACUUUAAAUACGUAUAACUCAUAAACUACUCACCCUAAAUUCGAUUUUUAUGUAUCGAAUUACUCAGAAAAUUAUUCUGCUUUGGAAUAUGAAAUUAAAAAUCUAUGUUGUCAUUCAAAAAAGUAAAAAACUUAAAAAAUGAUAAGGAUAAAAAAUAUUUAAAAAUAUAAUUUUUUUAUAAAAACGUUGUUUUUUAACAAUUAGAAAUUAUGUAAAAAAAAUAUUUUCAAAAACAUGAAUACUUUUGGAAAUAAUGAGUGUUGUUUGAUAAAAAAAUCACCCUGUAUAUAAUAUGUUUUUUACGUUAUAAUAUUGUGUAGCUAAUAUUUAUGUUAAUAUACUCCAUAGUAAAUAAAGUAUACUACAAAAUAUAAUAAAAUGUUAAAAAUAAUUUUCACUUCGUCAAAUUAAAUAUUGUGCAAAGUUCAUAAUCAAUAAUAUCCCAAAAACAGUCUUACCUUUUUUUUUACAUUUUUUAAAUCUUUUAAAAUAUUCAUGUAUUUGCGUUAGUUCAGUUCUUGAAAUUAUUAUUUAUAACUAUAUAUAUAUAGGUAGGCGUCUACCUAUAUCAUAUUAUUGGUGGUUAUUACGACAUUAUUAUGUAGGUACGUUUACAUAUAUUAUUAUUCAUUACAUUGCAACACAUAUUAUAUGUUAUUAAUUGAACGUUUAUUUAAUACAUAGCAAUACUUACAUUAUUAAAUUAUUUGGUAGCUAUUCUUAAUGUUUUCUUAAGUUAUGAUGGAUAUAAUAUAGUUUCUAUCAUGCAUUAAAGAAAAUCGAUAUGGUCAUAGAGAAGAGGAUCAUUUACGUUGUGCAGGUACUUUGUUUUAUUUCAAAUGAAAAAUAUGUAAAAUUAACAAUAUUGGUAUUAUUUUGUAUAAAAUAGAAUUUCAGCAUUAACUUUAAAACUUUUUGAUUUUUUUGAUACUUGAUCCUUUAAAUCGUCAAAGCAUUGCCAUUGAUCAUUUGAUCUCAAACCUGAAACCAUAUGCUAUGUAAUGGCCAUAUUAUGGUUGUCUUGGUUCUCUCGCCGAUCCAUCAAAAGCAAUUACCCCUCUUAAAUUGUACACAUCUCCAUUAAUUGUUAUUGUCUUGCUAAUAUCUCCAAGUUUCAACAAAACCUUUCCUGCAUAAGUUUGUGAAAUUUUCGUUAUAUUUUCAAGAUGACUAUAUUUACCGAAGCUCUAAAACCUAUUAAUAAUGAAAAAUGUUCAUAUAAAUAACUACAAUGUAGUAUACAUUAUUUAAAUAUUCUAUUUAGUUACUAAAUUUUUUUUUUUUUUAAUAAUUCUUAGCUAUUUUCACUAUUAUAGUACGUACCUAUUAUUAUUAUAUAGCUAUAACUAGAGCCAUUUGAUAUUUAAAAUUAAAAAUAAAAUUUGUUUUAACUAUUCUGUGCAAAAUUGUUAUUCUCUAAAAAACCAAAAUAUUAGAUAUUUAAAAAUGUAAUAAAUAUUAUAAUAAUUAUGAUAUAUAUAUAUUAUAAUUUAUUAUAAUUGUAUAUAUUAAUACAACUGGUAAGUAAUACUAAAGGGGAACACCCCAAAGCUAACACCAUAACCACGAAAAAUAUUCAAAGAAUUAUUAAAAAAAAAAAAAUUUAGUAACUAAAUAGAAUAUUUAAAUAAUGUACUACAUUGUAGUUAUUCAUAUGAACAUUUUUCAUUAUUAAUAGGUUUUAGAGCUUUCGGUAAAUAUAGUCAUCUUGAAAAUAUAACGAAAAUUUCACAAACGUAUGCAGGAAAGGUUUUGUUGAAA